AUGCCCGCGCUGCUAACGCGUAUCUUCUACGUGCGAUUCGGCCUCGCUGAGCACCUUCGGGCUCAAUUAGCUAACCACACGACAACGCCGAUGUCCUCUUCCACAAACACCGCUAUUAUCACCCCCGUCGCGAAUUUCGUGACGACGACCACUCCCGUCACCAGUGAUCCCCCUCCGUUAUCGAUCUCCAACACCAUCUGCUCUACCCCAAACCCUGCGUCGAUCACAGCAACCUACUCUUCAAACACCACGACCUUCUGCACUCCCCCACCAAUGGGACGAGAGCGGAUGUCCCGUUAUCUACCAUCACCUUCAAUACCCCUACCUCAAGAGAUGGGGACUUGGUCCCAACGUGUCCUCACUGUGACCGCAAUUUCACCUCACACAUUGGCCUGGUCGGCCACUCGCGAAGCCGUCGAAGGGAGACUGGCCAACCAGCGCCUGAAGAAUCAACAUAAACCAGGCGCACUCGACUCAACUGCCCACAAGGCCUACUAG